GAGGAUUCACGAGUGGCCCAAUGUGAAUGAGACCAUUGUGGUUUGCUGGCAAGCAUCCCUUUGAGCUGCCGCUGUGAAUAAAUCUCACUCGAGUACCCAAAUAUCAAAGAGGAGACGUUGACAUGCGAAGGAAGAGUGGUGAGCCUGGCAGCAGCCCACUGUCUGCCACAGGUUGGGAAGAGCACAGUUCUGAUCCUCCACUGGGGCAGGUCUGUAUAAAGGUGUCAAAAUGUCUGGGUCACAAACACCUGCCGCUAAUAGGUACAAAUGCCAGCUAAUAAGAUGAGCCCCGGCUGACUCACAAACAGAUUACAUCUACCCAUCAGGUGGAGAUUAUUCCAGGGAAAGCAUUGCUGCUCUCUCAGUUUGCCACCUCAACGGCUCAGUUGCAUUUGCAGGUUGUUUGCCUGCUCUGCUUCCUGAGUCCGACACGGUUGAUUCAGCAAGAAGACAUCUUACCCCCACCGACCCAUCUAACAACAUCCUCUCUCACUCUCCUUGAGAGAGCUCCAGUCACCACCCUGUUUUGGAACACGCCUGGACUCAAAGCACGUCGAUUCACAAGGACAUUUAACCUUCCUUUCUUAGAAGUCGCUGUUGGGAUCAAUAUCACCAGGAGUGGACUUGCCAAGAAACAAGCUUCACCACUGAAAAUUGAUAAAGGAUUAUCUUAUGAAAAAUUUAUCACUUCACCAUGCGUUUGCAAAUUGGAUUAAUAUUUUUCAUCAUCAUUUUUGCAACACAUCCAAUCCACGGGAAUAAUGGCAUUGCUGCAGUGGGAGACGGAGAGGAGGAGGACGGUUCCUCUGAGCUGGCGGAGUCCCCGAGUUCAGGGCAAGCUCCGGAAACAAGCCCACGGACCUCGGCUCUGGGGAGAAUCGUGGCCUGGGGCAGGCAGAGGGCCAAGCGGACACUCUUCUUCCCCAACGGCGUGAAGGUCUGCACCACCGAGUCCAUGAAGCAGAUCAUGGCCAGCCACCUGGAGUAUUACAAGCUAAAGGUUUGCCAGGAAGCCAUCUGGGAAGCAUUCCGGAUUUUCUUGGACAGGAUUCCUGAGCACAAGGAGUACCAGCACUGGGUCAGCAUCUGUCUACAGGAGACUCAUUCCCCCAUCGAGAUCGGCCACCAAUUCAGCAAUUCCCUGGAACAUAUCUCCAUGCUUCAGCAGAAACUAGCUAUACAAAGUGGUGAUCUUCAACUCAGUAUUCCAGUGGAUCAUGGACCUACCGAGAACUCAGUAACAACUUCAGACAAACUUAUGCUGACACCAGCUUCAACCCCUAACAUCGAGAUCUCAAACGAAGUUGUGAAUGAAACCAAAGUUCCUGUUAAGGAUGUACACGUGACCAACGUUGUUCCAGAAGAGCCUUCAGAACACCUUGUGAAGUUCAGCGUUAAACUCACUGACCAGAAUUAUAGCAGAGAGCUGAGUGACCACAACUCACAGCAGUACCAGGAACUUGCCCGGAGGUUUGAGAUUCAGAUGCAGAAUCUGUUUGAAAUCCUCCCAGGAUUCAAAGGAGUUCAGGUGUUAGGAUUCAGCGUUGAGAACGACGUGCUCCACUUUGCUGCCAUCUUUGACAGACGGGCCGCGGCCCCCAGUGACAUCCUCAGCGCCGUUCUCAACAUCGGCUCCAAUAAGGUGGAGAACGGCGACCUGCUGUUUGAAUCGCAAGAGGAGGUCAAGUUGCAGGAUAUGGUGGCAAUGGCGCUGUUCAACGACACCUCGUUCUCCAUGGACCCGACUUCACUGCAGUUUGCUGAGGAUUCAACGGAACUUUCUCCAGAUUCUGAAGAUCUCAAGCAACCAGUUGCCAACUCAGCCCCAUUCAUACAGGAAAAGCCUGGCACAGAAGAUGAUGUGGGGGACAGUUUUGUCGAGUGGGUUCCCAUGAUCACUGCUGAAGGGGAACUGGUUGGGGCAUUGGAUGCGACCGUGAUCGACUCUGCCUCUCAGACCACACAGAUGCCCCCUGGCCUAAACAGUGGCUCUGAGGAGCAGUCCACCAAUCACCCCACGACGAACCCUUCCCUCAUUGUCCCAGGACAGGUGUCACUGGAGCUGGAGGGUGCAUCCCCUGUGGUAGUGCUGGGCCCAGAGAGAGAGGUGACCGAAGGCAUACUGGACAUUGGAGUGGCCAUGGUCUCAGUCAUCGGUGGGCUGGUGGAGGCAGAUGAGAAGGACACAGUGACCACUGCAACCUCGCCCAUGGUCCCCCAGCAGGUGGAGGGGCACUCGGACCCGGCCACAGGAGGGCAGGGGCAGGAAGUAAGCCCGGAGGCGCAGGGGGAAGAAGCGGCAUACAGCACAACACCUGCGGCUAAGGAGGGGUGGGAGUGGGGUACUGACGGCCAUCUUCAUGGGGGGAUAGGAGAGGACCUCAGCUAUGGCGGGGACAUCGAGACAACAUGGUCUCCACCGAGCGCACAACCCCAACACGGGCAGGAACCGGAGGAAGCUGAGGAGAUCACAGCUCCCGCCACCUCUCCCCACCCAAGUGCGACGGGCCCCUCCGAUGGCCAGGGAGAUGACGCCACCGAGGCCGAGGCUGAGCCCGCGGAAGGACCGCGGACCGAACCCACACGUCCUCACGAGGACCGCCCCGUCCCACCGGCAGGCGAGGAGGAGCGGGAGCCCGGUGUGGGCGAGGGAGCGAAGCAGCGCAGCGAGCUCGCGCCCACCGCCCAGGGGGUAGAGUGGGCCGGCACGGUGCCCCCGGGAGCUGCAACUCCAGACCACACACUCGCCGCUGCCAACAGGCUCGCCGGGCGGUCAGAAGAAGAUGAUCCAGGCACGAUGACGGCGUGGACCUCCCCACCCGCUGUGGUGGGAGAGCAGGCGGAUGCCGAGAUAACGGACAUGCCUGAAGCCCCCAGGGGUCCACUGAUGCCAUUAACAACACCCGCCGUGAGCAUGGUGCAUCUGCUACUCUCCACCCUCCACCCAAGUCCUGGGGAUGGCGGAGAGAUCAUCGCCACUUGGCCACUGACGAUGGAUGUGGAAGGAAGGUCCACCCCAGACGUCUCCUUCACCGCUGCCUCGGCAGUGCCCGUUCAGUCCAGUAAUCAACCAUCUCCAUCCGGACUGCCAGCCUCUGCCUACUCUGACCACGAUGGAGGUCCAAGUCCUACCAUCUUGACCAUGACCACCGCUCUUCCCCAGUCGGCCACUGGGACCACAGUCUCUGAACCAGGGGAGGAAGAAGCUGGAAGCACCGUCGAGGCAUCAGGGGGGGAGGUGGGCCUGCUCACGGCCGGAGAUGUGGUGGGGCAUCAGCCCCAGCUGCCCUCCGCCACACCACUGAACCCUCUGAACUAUCUCACCCUGGACCAGCUAACUACCCAUUCUCCAAAGGAGUUGGUGGUGUUCUUCAGCCUGCGAGUCACCAACAUGAUGUUUUCUGAGGACCUCUUCAACAAGAGUUCCCCGGAGUACAGGAUGCUGGAGCAACAGUUCCUUCAUCUGGUGAGUUGCCUUGUUUGGAGCCAUUUGUUCUGCAGCCACAGUCCCUGCUACAUUGGUGACCCCGACAACCAGGAGUGUAAUCCUGGAAACAUUUCCGAAAAAAUGCACCACGCUCAACCUGCUGCUGCCGCCUACGAGGCCGAACUCAACGUGGUCACCCAGAAGCUGCCAACCUUGUGGACCUUGCAGCCGGGGGUAUGGUUCCGUCAGGUCGAGUCGCAGUUCCACGUCCGCGGCGUAAUGGUCGACAAGACCCGUUACGAUUACGUGGUAAGCGCUCUCAAUCAGGAUACGGCCGGUUGGGUUGUGCCGUGCCUGGAUAAUCCGCCGGUGGUGGGGAAGUAUGCAGGCCUCCGGAUCUUCGGGCCAAGCUGCAUGGACAGCUCACGGGGAGAGCUUCGCAGAUCCGCUGUGGCUAGUGGCGUGCACCGACGAGCUGUGGCUGGCAGGAGGUGGGUGUGUUGGAAGCCCUGGAAUGGAUCGAUACAGCACCCUGGAAGGCACAGCGACCCAGGACCAUGCCCACAAGAAGCUCCAUGGAGCCGCACACCAGGCAAGUUGCACAGGAGCCAGGGAAAAAGAUGUGCUGCUCUUACCAGCUACUCCGAGGGCAGCGGCCCGCCAAUGCCGCCAGCCAUGUGCGUUCCCGGGAAACUCCGGAGCCGGCUGCCAGUUGUGACCGCGGUGGUCGGCAACAUUCAUCGUUUGUAUGCCUGGUGGGUGCGUAGGUUCCUGGUGGACACUGGAGCGGAGGUUAAUGCUUUGCCUCCCUCCGGAGUGGACACUCAAACCGGCUCCUCAGGUCCAAAAUGGGCUCAGCCUCCUUGUCGCGGGUCAUGGGUUCCUCAAAGGGUCCAGACCCAAAACAUCACCUAUCCAUGUUCUCCAGAGAUGCUGCCUGUCCUGCUGAGUUACUCCAGCACUUUGUGUCUUACUUUUUGUAAACCAGUGCCUGCAGUUCCUUGUGUCUCUGGACUAAUCCUGAAUCUUGUUUCAGCUGACCAAGCCAACACGUGCAAGUUCCAGGCAUGUGACGAACAUUCGGAGUGUCGAGUCAAUAAGCAAACGAAGGAAGCCCAGUGUGUGUGCUACCCCGGUUAUGUCAGUGUGGACGGACUGCCCUGUCAGAGUGUCUGUAGCCUCAGACCAAACUACUGCCUCAACAAUGGCAGGUGUGAGAUGGAUCCGGUGAAGGGGGCCAUCUGCAGAUGUCACCUAGGGUCUGACUGGUUAUAUCGAGGCAGACGCUGUGCUGAGCUUGUGUCCGAGCCGCCACUCUCUACAGUUACCAUGGUCCUGUGUGUUUUUGGAGCGCUGCUCCUUGCUUCCGUUCUCACUCUCCUCUUGCCCAGGCUAUUCCACCAACUGGUGAAAAACAAGAACCGUCGUUCUCUACACGGUGGUGAAGUGGAGGGUCAGGCCAGUUUUAACUCGGGCUUUGAGGGGGAUGAGUCAUUGAGUGUCUCUCACGACCACCCACAAGAUCUCCACAGACAACCACACGGCAACAACAACUCGACCACAUCCUCUCCACACAGAAACCCACAGGCAUUUGGCCAAGAGGUCACCGGAGUUUCGGCCAAGACCAGGAUUCACCAACUAGCUGUCAAACACAUGCAGUGGGAGCAGAAUCCACAGCACUCACAGCUUUGGGUGUUACCAGAAGCGCAGGUGGACAGUGCACUCUCCUCUCUUCCCCCAGCAGAACAGAAUACAGAGACAUCGACUGAAGUCACAGCUUUCUGAAGAGUUUGGUCACCAAUAACUUUAACAGGACAACUUGCCUAUUGGCUUUGCACAAUAAUUCAUUCCCUCACAUGUCUGGGCUUUGGUAACAAUAUUGAAGCUCUGUGCUAUGGUAUAUAUAUCUCUUAAUAUAUAAUCUGGGGUCUAGAGUGGUGGGGUAUCUAAAUAAUGUUGUUAAAAGUAUAUCCAUCAGUUUAAGUGUUUUUUUUAAAUGAAGUACUGUGUUUGUAGUUUACAGUUUAAGAACCCAGUUAGGAAGUAUAAAACUUGUGCUACAUUCUUCUCCAUUUUUUAGUUUAUUUUAGAGAUACAGUGCGGAAACAGGCCCUUCAGCCCACUAAGUCCGUGCCGGCCAGCGAUCCCUGCACACUAACACUAUCCUACACACACUAGGGACAAUUUACAAUUAUACCAACACAAUUAACCUACAAACUUGUUCAUCUUUGGAGCGUGGGAGGAAACUGGAAUACCCGGAGAAAACCCAUGCGAUCACAGGGAGAAUGUACAAACUCUAUACAGACAAGCACCUGUAGUCAGGAUCGAACCUGAAUAUCUGGCGCUGUAAGGCAGCAACUUUACCGCUGCACCACCCCUUUCUUUAAGCUGCUUCUUAAAACCUACCUCUAAUACUUUAGCCAUUAAUCCUAACGUUUCCCCAAGUGUCCUGACGUCAAACAAAGAAUGAAAGGCCUCAGCAUUUCCCUACACAAACAGCCUGGUGUUUCUGUACAUCUUGAAUUUCUGGUAAAAUAACAGCUUUUCAUUAUUUAAAAAAAUAUUAAAAAUUGCUCCUGAAAUGUAGCCAGAGCUAUAAACGUUUAAAAUUAUGUUUUAAGACCAUAAAACAUAGGAGCAGAACUAGGCCAUUCAGCCCAUCAAGUCUGUUCCACUAUUCAAUAAUGGCUGAUCUAUUUUUCCCUCUUAACCUGGCAGAGUGGUGCAGCAAUAGAGUUGCUGCCUUACAGUGGCAGAGACCCGGGUUCGAUCCUGACUACGGUUGCUGUCUGUAGGAAGUUUGCAUGUUAUCCCUGUAACCACACAGGUUUUCUCUAGGUGCUUUGGUUUCCUCCCAUAUUCCAAAGAGCAGGCUUGUAGGCUAACUGGCUUAUGUAAAUUGUUUCUAAUGUGUAGGACGGAUCGUUGGUCGGUUUGGACUCGAUGGGCCGAACGGCCUGUUUUCAUGCUCUAUCUCUAAACUGAACUAAACCCCAUAUUCUACUGCCUUCUCCACUUAACAUUGUUUUGUGUUAUUGACUUCAUGAACCUGGGUCUUGUUUACAGAUCCUCUACGAGGUUUCCCCUCUGACGGUGCGUAUCUUUAUCUCUACGUUCGGUCUCUAUCUCACUGUUAAAUCUCUUGCUUCUAAACAGUCUGACAGACCCUCGGUGACAAUAGUUUCAGCUGUCUUAGCUCCACCCUCCAAACCGGUUCCCCCAUCCGCUUUGAAACAUCUUUGAUGAUUUUACUUCCCUUAAUUGCUUCCAUUUACUGAGUGUUUUUGUCUGUAUGCGUGAAGCACCUUGACGUACAUUCCUGGUGGCAAAGGUGUUGUGUUGGUUCGCGGUGCUUCAUGUUUCCAAUAUUUUGUGCUGUUAUAGCAAGAAAUCUGUGUAUGUUGAGAAUUAUACUUGAAAUAAAUAAACGUACACAC